AUGGGAUUGAUCGAUGAUGAGCUUACAGAAGUCAGAAAAUUGUGUGAACAUGUUGUCCCAGGAACUAAACUUGUGUCUUGUGUCAGGACAAUGGUUCGAGCAGAAAUAAAAAGAACCGAUUUUAAGAAAAUUGUCGUCUGUAUUCAAUUUCCAACUGAUUAUCCCAAAAUACCUCUACUCAUAGAAUUAAAAAGUAAAACUUUAUCUGAAAAGUUACUACAAAAACUGACUGAUGUCUGUGAGCAAGAAAUAAAAAAAUCUUUGGGGAAACCUCAAGUACUUAAUACUAUAAAAUUUUUGCGCAAUUUUAUCGAUGAGAAUGCACUUUCUUGUUGUUAUGAUGAAAUAACUAACAUAAGAAAAUUACUUCAGUCUGAAGACGAAAUUAAGUUAAAGCAGAAAAGUUCAUCAAUUACAUUAAAGAUCAACAACAAAAAGUACUUUUUAGUUUGUAAAGUUUUUAUUCCAGAUGAUUAUCCCAUAAGUGCCAUUGGAAUUCAAGAGGCUGACACUAACUUCUCACCAGCUCUCCAAUGUCAUAUGUUAGCGCAGGCAAAGGAAAUUGCUAGGAAGUGUGUGGAGCCACCAUUACAUAAAAGACCCAAUCAGCCUCCCUUCCAACCAGGCCCAUCUCUGUUAAAGUCUAUUGAAUUUUUGAUAGAUUGUGUCAAGAGGUUACCAGGGGAGACUUGUCAAUUUUGUAAUAAGAUUUGUUUUCCUGCUAAUCCAGAGCAAUUAGAAAAAGAUGAAAACUCGCCAAAACACAUUGAGAGGAUAUAUUGUGGUCAUUUGUUUCACCAGGAUUGUUUUUUCAAUUACAUGAAACAACCACCCUUUGGAAACAAGAAGUGCAUCAAAUGUAAUAAGAAAAUUUACCAUUUCAAAUGGUCGUUAACGGAUAAAUUAGCAGAAGACAGAUGGGCACAUGGACAGGCUAGAGAAAGAGAGCUGCAGGAAGUUGUGGAGUUUUUCGAUUAG